AUGAAUUUAGCCUCUUCUCCAUCCAACGCUACAGUGCAAGCCAAACUCAACACCCUCAUCCAAAAUUAUGAACAAAGCCACCAGAAAUCCAAGAAGGCAUUCGAAAGAGCCCAAAAAGUGCUCCCAGCUGGAAGCACACGAUCCGUUCUCGUCUCCUCUCCUUUUCCUAUGAUAGUGCAAUCUGCACAAGGCGCCACAUUCACAACAGUCGACGGCGUGACAUUUGAGGAUUUCGUGUCAGACUAUUCAGCAGGCAUAUACGGCCACUCUCACCCAGUCAUUUACGAUGCAGUUCAGCAAGCUUUAUCGACCGGCUUCAGCUUAGGCGGUAUCACAGAAAAAGAAGCCGAGCUAGCAGAGAUCCUGAUUGACAGAUUUCCUUCGCUGGAUAAAGUUCGAUUCUGCAAUUCUGGCACCGAGGCGAAUACAUUUGCUAUUGCUACUGCCAUGGCAUAUACACAACGAAAAAAGAUCAUGGUAUUCGAUAACGGAUACCACGGGGGCACCCUGAGCUUUUCUGCGAAGGAUAAUCCUAUGAACCUGCCCCAUGAGUUCGUGAUGGGUACAUACAACAACAUCGACGCGACGCAGCCUCUCAUCAAAGACCUCGCAGCUAUCCUGGUUGAGCCCCUCCAAGCAGCUGGCGGUAUGCGUCCCGCAACACCAGAAUUCUUAUCUUUCCUCCGCGAAGCAGCAAGUCAAACCGGUACCGUCCUAAUCUUCGACGAGGUUGUCACCUCACGACUUGACUACCACGGUCUACAGGGCAAAUGGAAUAUCAUUCCAGAUAUGACGACGGUUGGGAAAUAUCUCGGCGGUGGAUUCCCAUUCGGUGCCUUUGGUGGCUCAGCAGAGAUUAUGGACCGCUUUGAUUCGAGCGAUAAAUCAAUUGCACUUCAUCAUUCGGGGACGUUCAAUAACAAUAUCUUUACGAUGUGUGCUGCUGUUGCUGCGGCGGAUUUGAUCACGCAGGAGGAACUGCAGCGGUUGAAUGGGAUGGGAGAUCGGUUUCGGGAACAGGCAACUUUGCUUAUCGAAAGAUCCGGGUUCAAAGACAUGAAUUUUAGUGGAUAUGGGAGUGCGAUUGGAGUCCAUUUCACGGGGUCUGCUUCCGUGGCUUUGAGGGAGUUUUUCUACUUUAUGCUUCUUCUUGAAGGGAUUUCUAUUGGGAGACGGGGUUUUAUGUCUCUGAAUCUUAUGCAUACAGAGACUUCCAUUGAUCGCCUUUUGGAGGCUGUGUCUGCUUUUCUUGGCAGUAUUGCUCGGUAA